AUGGCAUCUCAACUUGACAAAGCGCUCGAAGACGUAAUCAAAGAAAACAAAAGCAGCAGUCGCCGUGGGCGAUCGGAUCAAUUUUCAAAACGACCAUCGGAUCGUCCUUCACCUGGAGGCAUCCGAAAGCGAUCGGGGGGUCCACGAAAUAAUGGCGGUGGCGGCGGACCUAUCGCUUCCAGAAUCGUGCGCACUGUUCAACCACGGGGUUUCUCUGGUGGUUCACGCUCUGAGGGAAGGGGUAAUGUUGAUAAGCAAUGGACGCACGAUAAGUUUGACGAUCGCAAUUACGGCGGCUUUGGCGGAGGAGGUCGUUCUUCACUUGCUGCUAGACUAGGUGGACGCACAGGUUCAUCAGGAGGAGGCCGCCAAAACGAUGGAGGAGAGAUCACAAUUGAAAAUCUCCACUAUAAUGUUGUUGAAAAAGACUUACAGGAUCUUUUCGAGAUGGUGGGACGCGUAGAGAAGACCCGUAUCAUUUUCGAUCGCUCAGGUCGAUCUACCGGUACUGCACAAAUCAGGUUUGUUCGUCGUGCAGAUGCAGAGGCCGCUGUUGAGAAAUAUAACAAUGUUGAGCUCGAUGGCCAAGCUAUGAAAAUUGAAAUAGCCGCUGAUCGCCGUGGUGGUCGCUCCACUGGUGGUACCUUUGCCAAUGGACGCGGUCGCCGUAGCGGUGGACGUGAUCGCCGUAGCAACAACGAUGAUUCCAAAAAGGGACGCAAUGAGACAGAUUUGGAUGACGAGAUGGAUGCGUAUAUGAAAUCGUCGACAACGGGAAAUGGAGGGGAUGACAAUCAAAUGGCCCUUGACUGA